GAAAUUAGCUCAAAUGAAUAAGGAAAACAGGGAAUAUAUUUUCUUUCACUUUCUCGAGAACCAACCAAAGACAGCGUUGACAUGAUGAUGCAAUUCUCGUCAUAACAUAUUAGGGUGAUCAACACCAACCCAUUAAAGUACCAAAACGACGAAACCCACAUAAUGGCAUCGUCAUCAUCACCAACAGAAACUCGGGGCCCCGAACUCCGAAAGGAUCCGAUUAACAACCGGUGGGUCAUAUUCUCACCCGCCCGAGCCAAACGGCCCUCCGACUUCAAAUCUAAAUCCUCCUCAGAAAACCACAAUUCUAACUCCAGCUCCCCAUGCCCUUUCUGUUUCGGCAACGAGCACCACUGCGCACCCGAGAUAUUCAGGGACUCGCCCGACCCGAAUGUCGACUGGAAGAUCCGGGUCAUUCAGAAUCUAUACCCCGCGCUCAGUAGAGACAUUGGCGGUGAAACAGAAUGUCACCCAGACGGCGAAAAAAGUGGAUUUCCGGGUCGGGUCGUACCCGGAGUUGGGUUUCACGAUGUUGUGAUUGAGACUCCGGUUCACUCGGUUCAUUUGUCUGAUCUAGGUCCGACACAGGUUGGUGAGGUUUUGCUUGCGUAUAAGAAGAGGAUUGAACAGAUUAAAGAACGUGAUUUGAUUAAAUAUGUUCAGGUAUUUAAAAACCAUGGUGCAUCAGCUGGAGCAUCAUUGAGUCAUUCUCACAGUCAGAUACUGGCUCUCCCGGUUAUUCCUCCAACUGUUUCUGGACGACUUUGCAGUAUGAAGGAGUACUUUGAUCAGACUGGAAAAUGUGGUCUUUGUGAAGUUCAGCCAAAGGACCUCCUAAUUGAUGAAACAACUAAUUUCACUUCAAUUGUUCCUUUUGCUGCUACUUUUCCUUUUGAGAUAUGGAUUAUUCCUCGAUAUCACUCUUCUCAUUUCCACGACCUAGAUAGUGAGAAGGCCAUUGAUCUUGGAGGAUUACUGAAACUCAUGCUUAGAAAGCUGUCUAUGCAAUUGAAUAACCCACCUUUCAAUUUCAUGAUCCACACUUCUCCACUUCAGGUCACCGACACUCAAUCACCAUAUACACACUGGUAUUUACAGAUAGUACCUCAAUUAACUGGUGUCGGGGGGUUUGAAAUCGGCACUGGGUGUUACAUAAAUCCUGUUUUCCCAGAUGAUGCUGCUAAAGUUUUGAGAGAAGUUAACAUUCCAGUGUAGCUGUGAAUUGAUUAUAAUCAUAACAGUCUCAUAAAUCUUAGUGUUACAAAAGAAAAUAAAAUUCAUCAUCAUUUUAAUGAAGUUCUCAUCUGGUGAGUCCAUUUUUUAA